AUGGUAUGGAAUGCUGUCAUCUUCAAAUCCGAUAUUCAGCGCAGCGGGAUGGCAAUGGCUGUGUUUGAAAACUUUACUCAGGGAGCAGCAUGGUCCAUCGAGACACCCGACUAUCCCCGCUUGAAUCACAAUCCCAACUGGACCGCCGUGUUUGACCGCAUGGCAAAUAUUCAACAGCAGGCAGAAAAGAGCGAGCUGACACAACUAAGUCUCGAAGAAUGGUAUCAAAACUAUGUCAUAGGCUUAUCCAUGUCUAGUGUCAUUCUCGUUGUUGAUCCAGCGGACUUCAAUCCCACAGAUGCUACCAUCCUCAAGGAUCGUGUCCACUUCAGCAGUUCAUCGUCUGUGCGGGCUUGGUACAACCUAUCAUAUCUAAUCGAACCAAUUCACUUCAAGUGCGAUGGCCAAGACAGAUGCGGGCACACUGCGAGUCGCUGGGUGCCUAUGAAUCCCGUCAUUGGCGAUCAAGGCAACGCCCCAGUUCGUUCAUGCUUUCAAGAACCCCGACUCAAUGAAUACCACGUCAAAGUUGUUCCAUCAUUUCUGGUACUGGUCAUCAUAUGCAAUGUGAUUAAAAUUAGCUCUUACCUGGCAACUCUUUGGAUCACUCAGACGGAGCCUCCCCUCUGCACGAUCGGUGAUGCAAUUCAGUCAUUCAUUCAAGAGCCCGAUAUGUAUGAGACAUCCAUGGGUCUCGUUUUCUGGCAAAUAAUGUCCGACCACUACUUUGGCUUCAGUAUCCUAGAUGAGUAUGAUCUGGUUGAGGAACCUUCGACACUCUCCGCGAUCAUUACGGCCAACCUUCCACAGUUUGCCAUGUCUUACAUCUACCUCGGCCUGAACAACGCAGUGAGCAGCAUACUCGCUAUGAAAGAGUGGUGUGGGUACUCCUUGGGCUCUAGCAAGCCUUCUAAGGGGCUGAGAGUCACGAAACCAGCGCCGAAUACGGCACAGCGCUCAUCGUACUUUCUUUCUGUCCCAUACAAAUGGAGGUUGCCAAUCAUGGCAGUCAUGGCCGUGGCCCACUGGCUCGUCUCCGAGAUCGUCACACCUCACCAGCUGGAAUUCGUUCUUCAGUUCACCCCGAGAUCGAGCCCAAUGAACCGUCCAUUAUACUCAUAUGAGAGCAAUAUCCAAUGGUUCCUCAACAUGAUGGUCUAUGCGCUCGCAGCAGAUGGCUUUCUAUGUUUCAUGCUAAUUGGCCUGUGCUUUCUCAUGAAGUUCCCCGGCGGGAUUCCAUUAGCAGGGUGUUGCAGCGCAAGUAAGGCUGCAGCUUGUCGGCCUACGGGGUUUGAUGGGAAGGAUGCGGAGCUUCCACCGGAUCUUGCCUUCCAGGAACUGAAGUGGGGAGUCGUCCCAUCUCCCAGUGAGGCAACAUCUGGAAUUGGGCAUGCAACCUUUAGCACGGAGGUGAGCCCACUGGAGGCAGGAAAGAGAUACGUGUAA